AUGGCAGCUCUUAAAGCAAAGGUAGUGAUUGUUACUGGGAGUGCAUCUGGUAUCGGAUUGGCUACUACAAAAGCUGCCCUCAAAGAAGGAGCUCGGGUGUUGGCUGUCGAUAUUUGCCCUCGGCCGUCAUGUCUCGAAGAGGAUCCUGAACUCGAUUUCUUCCAAUGUGAUCUGACUAGCCCAUCUGCCGCUGCGGACAUCACGCAGAGAUGUUUAAAGGUCUUCGGGGGAAUCAAUGUCCUUGUUAAUGUCGCGGGCAUUAUAGACCACUGCAGUAGUGUGGAUACAUUGACCGAUGGCAUUUGGGAGCGCUGUAUGGCUGUCAAUUUGAAUGCGCCGGUGAAAUUGAUGCGAGAGGUUCUUCCCAUCAUGAAGAAGCAAAAGGGUGGGAGUAUAGUCAACAUUUCCAGCAAGGCAGGGUCAAGUGGCGCUGUUUCUGGAGUUGCAUAUACCGCGAGCAAGCAUGCCCUUCAGGGGGUGACUAAGAAUGUGGCAUGGAGAUUCAAAGCGGAUAACAUUCGCUGCAACGCGAUAUGUCCCGGUGGGGUAACUUCGGCAAUCUCGAGCAAAAUCGACUCUUCUGCAAUUGACUUUGCUGCUGUGGAAACUAUGCUCCCCAUUAUUGAUUCAGUGAAAGUGAACCGUCCGGAUUUUGAGCUCGUUCGCGCAGAGGAUGUUGCGAAUGCUAUCAUCUUCCUGGCAUCCGACAAGAGUUCCAGAAUCAGUGGUGCGAUGCUUCCUAUCGAUGAUGGAUGGUCAACCAUCUGA